UAUAUAUAUAUACACACACUCAUAGAGAUGCAUCAAGAUUCCACUUACACAUUCUAAAAAACUCUAAGACUUUUAUCAAAACCAAAGAAAAUCAAGAACAUAUGGCGAGAUCACCAUACUACGGUUCAUCAUACUUAGACUACCUCUCUCUCCCAAACCCACAUCUAUGUUUCUUCUUCAUGGUCGUCUUCUUCGUGUUCUCCUUCACGUGGUACUUGAACUACGAGUCCAUCCUCGAAGACACCAUGAAUAAUCUCAAGUUCUUCAUCAUCCUCUCCCCUCUCUUCCUCCUCCUCCUCGUCCACUUCUUCUCCGGAGGACUUUCCUUGUACGUCCCCUUGCCUGAACAAGACUCCAUCCACCAUGCCGGUUCUUCCCCUUGGGGCGUAGCGGCCGUGCUCGUGGUCAUCUUGUUCAUGGUCUCGUACCAGUCAGACAUCCAUGAGAUGUGGUUUCCCUUUGGGGCUAAGUAGAUCGAUCAACUUGAUAUUUCCUUAAAACGUAUUACCAGCUCUGUCUAGCUAGAUAUGGAGCAACCAUGUUAAAUAUCAAGUAGUAUAUAUGUACUUUUCUCUUUUGAUGAAGAUUUUAGUCCCGCAUGUUUGUAGGAGUGAAACUUUUGUCCGAAGAUAUCUAAAGUCAUAUCAGCUCUGUCUAGCUAGAUAUGGAGCAACCAUGUUAAAUAUCAAGUAGUAUAUAUGUACUUUUCUCUUUUGAUGAAGAUUUUAGUCCCGCAUGUUUGUAGGAGUGAAACUUUUGUCCGAAGAUAUCUAAAGUCAUAUCAGAGUGUCCAUAUAUGUAGAUGAAGUUGUUUCUGCUUGUAUUCGUAAAUAUCAUAUGGAAAAAUGAGAUGAAGAUGACUUGUUUUGAUGCAAUAGAAAGUU